AUGGCUUCUUCUUCCUCCACCACUCUCUCCUUCCUUCUCCUCUUCCUCUUCCUCUUCUCCACUGAAGCCAAACGAACGUACAUCGUCCGUGUUAAACACUCCGAUAAACCGGAAUCUUUCCCAACUCACCACGAUUGGUACACUUCCCAACUCCAAUCUCUCUCCACCGAUUCAAAAUCUCAAUCGGAAUCUCCUCUUCUCUACACUUACUCGACCUCCUUCAAUGGCUACUCCGCUUUUCUCGACUCCGACGAAGCCGAUACCCUCCUCCGCUCCUCCUCCGUCCUCGACGUCUUCGAGGAUCCCGUCUACACGCUUCACACGACUCGCACUCCUGAGUUUCUCGGUCUCAAUUCCGAAUUCGGCGUCGCCGCUGGGUAUACCGGUCAGGAUCUGGGCCAAGCCUCUAACGGCGUGAUUAUCGGGGUUUUGGAUACCGGCGUUUGGCCGGAAUCGAAAAGUUUCGAUGAUUACGGUAUGCCGGAGAUUCCGUCCAAGUGGAAAGGAGAGUGUGAAUCCGGAACCGAUUUCGAUCCGAAACUGUGUAACAGAAAGUUGAUCGGAGCGAGAAGUUUCUCGAAAGGGUUUCAGAUGGCUUCAGGCGGUGGUUUCUCGACGAAACGCGAGUCGGUUUCUCCUCGCGACGUCGACGGCCAUGGGACGCAUACUUCCAGUACCGCCGCCGGAUCCGCCGUGAGGAACGCCAGUUUCCUCGGUUACGCCGCCGGUACAGCGAGAGGGAUGGCGACGCGCGCUCGUGUGGCGACUUACAAGGUUUGCUGGAGCACCGGAUGUUUCGGAUCUGACAUCCUCGCCGCCAUGGAUCGGGCCAUCCUCGACGGGGUCGAUGUGCUUUCUCUCUCCCUCGGCGGCGGCUCGGCUCCUUAUUUCCGCGACACGAUCGCGAUCGGGGCGUUUUCCGCGAUGGAGAAAGGCGUUUUCGUCUCGUGCUCGGCCGGAAACAGCGGUCCGACGAGAUCUUCCGUCGCGAACGUCGCGCCGUGGGUUAUGACGGUCGGAGCCGGAACCCUAGAUCGCGAUUUCCCGGCUUUCGCGAAUCUCGGAAACGGGAAACGCCUCGUCGGAGUCUCGCUAUACAGCGGAGAAGGAAUGGGGACGAAGCCGCUCGAAUUGGUGUACAACAAAGGAAACAGCAGCUCCAGCAAUAUCUGCCUCCCCGGCUCGCUCGAUCCCGCGACGGUUAAAGGCAAAAUCGUCGUCUGCGACAGAGGCGUGAACGCUCGUGUCGAGAAAGGAGCUGUGGUGAGAGACGCUGGAGGGUUAGGGAUGAUAAUGGCGAACACCGCGGCGAGUGGUGAGGAGCUUGUGGCGGAUAGUCAUCUGCUUCCGGCGAUUGCUGUUGGGAAGAAGACUGGUGAUCUGCUCAGAGAAUACGUCAAAUCGGAUGCGAAUCCAACGGCUGUUAUUGUUUUCAAAGGAACGGUGCUUGAUGUCCAUCCUUCUCCUGUGGUUGCUGCGUUUAGCUCGAGAGGUCCAAACACCGUGACGCCAGAGAUCUUGAAACCUGACGUCAUUGGCCCUGGGGUUAACAUUUUAGCCGGUUGGUCUGAUGCGAUUGGUCCUACCGGUCUUGAGAAGGACUCGAGGAGGACCCAAUUCAACAUCAUGUCAGGUACGUCAAUGUCAUGCCCACACAUCAGUGGUUUAGCCGGUUUACUGAAAGCAGCACAUCCUGAGUGGAGUCCAAGCGCUAUCAAAUCAGCGCUGAUGACCACAGCUUACACGCUUGACAACACAAACUCUCCUCUCCAUGACGCUGCAGACAACAGCCUCUCGAACCCGUACGCUCACGGCUCGGGCCAUGUGGAUCCGCUAAAGGCUCUCUCGCCGGGUCUUGUCUACGACAUUUCAACCGAAGAAUAUAUUAGGUUCUUGUGCUCUCUGGAGUACACGGUCGAUCACAUUGUGGCGAUCGUGAAGCGGCCUAGCGUGAACUGCUCGAAGAAGUUUGCGAAUCCUGGUCAGCUCAAUUACCCGAGUUUCUCGGUUUUGUUUGGGGGGAAACGGGUUGUGAGAUACACGCGGGAAGUGACGAAUGUGGGUGCGGCGAACUCGGUUUACAAGGUGACGGUUAACGGUGCACCGAGUGUUGGGAUCUCGGUUAAGCCGUUGAAGCUUGCAUUUAGAAGCGUGGGAGAGAAGAAGAGGUACACGGUCACGUUUGUUAGCAAUAAAGGAGUGAGUCUUGCGAACAAAGCUGAGUUUGGAUCAAUCACUUGGAGCAAUCCAUUACACGAAGUGAGAAGUCCCGUGGCGUUCUCUUGGAACCGGUUUUGA